UGUGCGCAAAUUCAACCCGCCAGUCGUGUUGGUGGCUUUUGGAUCCCGGAGGCUUGAAGGCGGGCGGGAAGACCCUGUUCCCCCUCAAGAGGAGAUGACAGCCCACCGUUUAUUAACUUCUGCUUACGCGGAACCCAGAAGUCUUCUGCAAAUCAUGCUUGCGGAAGGGGCUAAUGCUGCUUAUUUGCAGUUGCUGAACCUGUUUGCCUAUGGAACAUACCCUGAUUACAUGGCCAACAAGGAGAGCCUGCCAGAACUGAGCCCAGCUCAGCAGAACAAGCUGAAGCACCUCACCAUCGUGAGCUUGGCCUCGAGAAUGAAGUGUAUCCCCUACUCUGUGCUGCUGAAGGACCUGGAGAUGAGGAAUCUCCGGGAACUCGAGGACCUCAUCAUCGAAGCUGUCUACACGGACAUCAUCCAAGGCAAAUUGGACCAGCGAAAGCAGCUGCUUGAAGUGGAUUUCUGCAUUGGCCGGGACAUCCGGAAGCAGGACAUCAGGAACAUCGUGAAGACACUGAGGGAAUGGUGUGAUGGCUGUGAAGCGGUUCUGCUGGGCAUCGAGCAGCAGGUUCUCAGAGCCAACCAGUACAAAGAGCACCACCACCGGACUCAGCAGCAGGUGGAGGCAGAGGUCACCAACAUCAAGAAGACACUGAAAGCCACCGCCUCAUCGUCGGCUCAGGAGAUGGAGCAGCAGCUGGCUGAGCGGGAGUGCCCCCCCCACGCCGAGCAGAGGCAGCCCACCAAGAAGAUGUCCAAAGUGAAAGGUCUGGUCUCCGGCCGCCACUAGGGCUGGCUGGGGCAGGUGGGGAGGGGACACCAAGAGCCUCUGUCCUCCCCUCUCUACCUGCAGUGAGUGCCAGACCCGCCCACCCCCCUCACCAGCACCUCCCCACCAACCAUGCACCCUCCUCUCCUCCCACCCCUUCCUCUCCACAUGCUCCCUUCAGACUCAGGGGCUCCACGGAUGCCAUCCUCCGUCCUCACGGGUCGGCCUGCCCGCCUUCCCUGCAGGAGGUUCUUGUCUCUGUGUUCUUUUGCUCAGCACAUAAGCCGGAGGCAGCUUUGCCCGGCCUGGGGAUGGCUGCAGAGGAGGCCCCACCUCGUUCCUUUCCAGCCCCCAUUCCACUGUCCCCACCAUGGUGCAGGCGUCUCUAGCCAGGAAGCCACUCGCGCUGGUCCGUCUCCUGCCUUAGCCCUGUGGGCAGCUCUCAGUCAGGCUGUGGAGGGACGCGAUGCUGGGCUAUGUUUACUAAACCUGCGGGUUUUCAGCCUCUCUGAGCCUGGCUCAAUCUGUCGUCAGUGGGCAGUGCUGGCUGACUCACCUCUGGUAUCUGAGCACCGAUGGAGGGAGCUGGGGGUCCCCCAGAUGGCAGAAGUUGUUUCCCCCAGCCCGAUGUUCUCUGCUGGCCACUCUUCCCGGCCUCUGACUGCUCAGCCUCGCGGGGCUGCCUGCCAGCAUCCGCUCUCGCGAGAUCUUCCAUGCCUCAUGGCGGGGCCUGGGUCUGGCGAAGGACUCUGCUGCUCUGCCCCCCCUCCCCGCCUCACCGGCGACUCACAGCCCCGUGAUGACACCGUACUCCUGGCCAGAAGAAGGACUUGACUAGACUUUCAGAAUUCGAACAGUUUCAGGUUAUAUUUUAACUUUUUUUUUGUACAGGUUGAUUCUAAUACAUUUCAACAUGCUUUUUCC